GGCCAUAGCAAAGCAUGAAGAAGCGCCACCAUAUUGAGUUUGUGCUUGAGUCGGUGAAUUUGUGCAAGGAUAACAUUUGUAAAAUUAUUGUUAUUGUUACUUCGUGUUGGAAAUUAUCUGAUUGUAGAAAUAACUGAAAUGGUAUUACUCGUCAAUUGUAUAAAUCGGAUACAAGAACUGAUUUGAAAAAUUCCAGAUUUUCUGUAACUUAAUAAAAUGGAAGAAGCAGCUGUUAAAAAUAUGAAAUUAUCAAGAUCAAAGAGGAAAGCAACAUCAUCCCAAUCUCAAUUUAUUGAUGGUGAAAAUAGGCCUAUAUCGGCAGCAGCUAGUGGUUCAUCAUCAUCUCAGCCCAACACCUUUGGCAAGGAAAGCCAAGACGACUGUCAUAUGUCUGAAGAUGAAGCAGCUGCCAAUAAAGAAUUUAGCUUUUGCAUCGACAAGGAUGUGAGUCGAUCAAGCAAUGAGUUCUACUCUGCUGAUGAUGCGUCCACUCCCGGAAAAAUCGAUGAAAAACGGUCACCGAUUUUCAAGGCCAAUGGAAAGCGGUCACCGAUUUUCGGAGACAGUGGAAAGCGGUCACCGAUAUUCGAAUUGAAUGGAAACCGGUCUCCGAUCUUCGAAGACAGUGGAAAACGGUCACCGAUUUUCGAAUUUCGUGGAAAACGGUCUCCGAUUUUCGAAGACAAUGGUAAACGGUCACCGAUCUUCGAAGACAAUGGAAAUCGUUCGCCGAUAUUUGAAUACAGUGGAAAUCGUUCGCCGAUGUUCGAAGACAUUGGAAAUCGGUCACCGAUUUUCGAAGACAGUACCUAUUCGCCAGGUUCUGGUGUAGUUUGUAACGGUGAUGAUGGGGGGCAAGGUUCUGCGAAUAGUUCGAAAGGUAGUGAAGGUUCCAAAAAUGGAACGAAAAGGUCGAGUGUGGAAGCUGAAAGCAGCACUUUGAAAAAAAUUAGAUUGAACAAUUCUGAGGAGAGUUUGAAGACUGAAGGUAAUCCAGGAGAUAUCACUGUCACUAAACAUAGUGCAGAAGAUGUCGAUUUGUUUGAUGAAAGUUUAAACCUUCCCAACACCACCGAAUACUUCAGUGAACUUGAGAAAUCUGUUCUGGAGCAAGUGUCUUCCUUGGUACAUAAAGAACUAGACGCCGAAGUGAUGAGCCAGGGUGGCAUCAGUAUGGAACACCUGCAGAAGUCGAACGUCUGUCCUCUGUGCCUCAAGUCGUUUGACAGGAUAGUGCCUCAUGUAAAAAGUUGCGCCGCCAAGAAAAAAGUUGGCACGGACAAGUUGUUUGAGGCGAUCAAGUUGCAGUUGAAACAGCAUCAGGAGAGGGAGGCAAUGGGGUUGCCCCCCCUGGUGCAACAGCCGGCCCCCAAGAAGAAGAGCAAGGCGAAAGCGACCGUAUCUGUACCUGAGGGAUACGAUUCAAAUCUUGAGCUGGCCAAGGCUCUGUCCGAAUCUGCAGCAAUGGAAUCUCAGGACUCGUAUGUGUGCAACUCAGAGGCAAACAGCAGCAGCGGUAGCAGUGAUACGACUAAGAAAACUGCUUCGAUCUUCGGUCCAGCUUCCAGCAAUGUCAGCAGCUGUACUAGUAAACUAAAAGGCGGUUCAUCGCUUCUAUUCAAUAGGAGUGACGAAGACCGCGAGCGGAUUGUGACAGAGAAGGUAGCCAUUGUUCUGUUGCACAGUGAUGAGCAGGAUAACCUGAUUAAUGAGUCGGCGCCUGUGAUUCCCUCCUCGUCUAAAAUGAAGGAGAACCUCAAUAAGGCUGAAUGCAAUGGAGUGAACAUGGAAACCAUUACAACUGAUGAAGACACACGCUCGGAGGCUGCUGAGUUCAAUAAUGCCAAUCAAAGAAAUGAGUUAGUAAACGGAGAUGUGGGUGGAGCAGAAAAGGAAGUGCCAGCUAGAUUGAACCCGAUUGCAGUUCGAAAGAUGAACAAAACGAGUCGCAGCUACCGGAGUAACAUGAGGAAAUUGUUGCAAGAAAGAGCGAUGUGCGACCUGUCAGUGGUCGUCGAAGAUGACCUUGAAGUGGAAGUUCACAGGCUGAUGAUGAGAGCGCACUGUCCGGCCAUUCUGGAAGAGGCUGUCAUCCGGUUUGUCGAUGGAGACGUGAAGCGGUUCGUCAUGUGGAAGGAUGUUCCCAAAGAGGUGGCCAUCGCAUUCUUCGAAUACAUCUACUGCGAAGACCUCGACAAGGCCAACACUCUCCCUGAAGAGAAACUGAAAAUACUGCAGGAUCUGACUGAAAAGUACGAGAUACCCGGACUGAAGUUCAUCAUGAAAGACAUGCAGGUUGGUGAGGGUGAGAGAGAGACACCUGUCAGGGAUCUUGAUGAAGCAACAACUGCUACUAAUUCCUCGGGAGACGAGUUGAACAAAGGUGUUGACGGUCAACCGGCGCCUCUCCUCAAUGCGACUGCCACGCCCAAAGUGGACAGGUCGAAGGUUGCCAAGUAUCCUUUGAAAAAACGUUCCAGGAUUUCGAGCAAGCAAACGUUGCCGUCUUUUCCAAACAUUCGCUCUCAAAGCCAGGCCGUGAACAAAUCUGUGAUCACCAGUCGUCGGGAGAGUCUAACUAUCAACUGUGAUUCGGCGGAUGAGAUUCAGAUAAUUGAAGAGCGGAAAAAAGAGGCGCCGAAGAUUGCCGAUGUGAUCACGCUGAGUGACUCGGACAAUGCGCUGGCUCCAGAUGAAGAUGUGAAUAAGCUGAAGAAAUCAUCGAAGGCGAGUAAAUCGAAAGUAGUUGCUAGAAUGAGAACGACAGGUUUUGGAAAGAAGAGGAUUUGGGAAGGGUCUACAGAUUCGGAAAGCGGUGAAGGACCAAGUCAGUCGAAUUCUCCAAGGGGAAAGACGACGACGAAAUCCAGUCACGUGACUUUCCGCCCGUGGUUUGAAGACGUCGUCCCCUACUUCGAUCCGAACAAGCCGUCUACUUCCAGAGCUGCAGAUCAGUUUGACAAAUGGACCGCUGUCAGAAACGGACGCAAAGAUGACGUCACUGAGAAUCUGUUAGAGGGCGCUCGCUAUGAAGCCAACUACGAUUAUCAGGAUGCAUUAUGGAAAAUGAAACUGAUCAAGGAUGAUUUGCUGGAAUUUUCUGCUACAAAUUCCAAGCCCUUGGCUCCCAAAAAUGAUGCGGUGAGUCCGUAUCAUUGGAUGCUAGACGAGCAAGGUGCCAUCAAAAGUGCAUCUCAACAAGAUUCAUUGAAAGACGGGACCAAUCUAGAUAAUUUGGGAUUCUGUGUGGCAAGGAACGAAAACAACGAAUGGAGAAUCAGUGGUGGCAAUCAAGGCUAUUUACGUGAAAUGAAGAGAAUUGCUGAGGAGAGACGCAAAAGACUUCUGGAGGAUGUGAUUGACAGUGAUCCGAUGUACCGAGCAAAUGUCAGAGAAACUGAAAUGAUGAGCAUUGCUCAACCGAAACAGAAUUCCGAUGAGCUGAAGAGAAGAAGGCGUCGCUGCUCGGCCACUGUGACCAGGGGCGACCUGGAGGGGGAAGAAGCUGCCAUGCUUAACGUCGAUGACGACAUCUUCAAGAAUGCAACAACACCCGACACGUCAGCCACUAUGAUGAACACUACGCGGGAAUUCUUCGAGAAAAUCGCUCUGCCACAUAACGAAGGCAACCCUCCUGAAGAAAACGUGAUUGGGAUGUUUGACCAGGCAUUGGCGGAUGUGGCUCCUCUGAAUCUGGAAGUCUUUCCCAAGAAAGCUGUUGGAGGUGCUUCAAAAAAAGAACAUGAAAACAUGGACCGCGGUCUUCUUGAUCCCUAUGGUUUGUCGGUGUUUACAACAUCAGCGAAACAAAAACAACAAGGAAAAGGAAGGACAGUAGCAGCUGAUUCGACUGUUCCAGACCUGGUUAACAAAGAGUUAGCGCUACCUCCUCCUCUAAGUAAUGAAGUAGUGAAAAAUCUGGUUGUCAAUACUAUCAUACCUCUAUUUAAUAAAGCUGAGAUUCCACUUGAGGUUCCUCCGCCAGUUAAUAAAGCUGAGUUUCCACUUAAUGCUCUGUUCGUUCCUCUGCCAGUUAAUAAAGCUGAGAUUCCACUUGAUGCUCCGUUCGUUCCUCCGCCAGUUAAUAAAGCUGAGGUUCCAAUUGAGGCUGCGUUCGUUCCUCCGCCAGUUGAUGAAGCUGAGAUUCCAAUUGAGGCUCUCGAGGUAGAAGUGGCCGCUAAUGCGGAAGAGGAAGAUGUUGAAGUAGAAGUCGACGUAGUAGACAAUGAGCCUCUUAUCGAAAUGAUGAAUUUGCCUGCUAACCAGAUGAACAAAACUCUACUUGACCCCGAACCCAUUAUCGAGCCGGAUCAUACUCCGAGGCCCAAUUUCAACAAAAUGAAGAAAUGUGAACUGAUGGAACGCCUGUCACAAUAUGGGGUGAAAACGAACAUGACAUGCGUUCGAGCUAGGAAGCUGCUGACACAUAUCUACGAUAUCACACACCAACAGGUGCGGGUCCCCAAGGGAGGGAAAAAGAUGGCCUUGAAAAAGGACUACGACCCUGAUGACUUGAGGCGUGAGAUCGUCAAGUACGAUCAUGAUGCUUAUGCGGGUCAAGUGGGAGGUGGUGCCGAAGAGAACAACAACCAAACAAGAGUCGAAAGAGAAAAUGCAGGAAUACCAGCGGCAAUCGGAGUUGCCCCAGAACCAGGCCCCAGCACCCCAGAACCAGGCCCCAGCACAGCUUCAGAUGGCGAGAACAAAGUUCGUCUGACAAUUCUGGAGAAGGCUAUGAUUUAUAAUGAAAAAUUGAGCGACACCUACCGUGAAUUAUUGGAAUUGGAGAAUGAGCCAGUGAUUCGCAACCCGGAGCAGUUUGAAUGUCCCACAUGUUUCGACAUUAUUGAAGUGGGCGGAGGAAUUGUCUUGAAAGAAUGCGUGCACUCUAUUUGCAGGACCUGCUUGUCAAGACUGGUGGAAAGUAGCGAUGAGGCUGAGAUAAAAUGUCCAUGCUGCACCAGCGUCAUCCAGGAACGCGAAAUCAAAGUGGUGGUUGCGCCUGAAAUUUUCGAUAAAUUCUUGUCGAAAUCCCUUGCUGUGACUGCAAAUAGCAUUGAGAAUGCUUUCCAUUGCAAGACACCCGAUUGUAGAGGCUGGUGCAUAAUUGAGAAUGUCCUGAACCAACCUGUCAAUGUGUUCAACUGCCCACUGUGUGGAGUAGAAAACUGCGUUCAAUGCCAGGCAAUUCAUCCAUCAAUGAACUGCCUGCAGUAUCAGAUCCAUUUGGAGGUUCAGUCCGAAAAGGAUCCAGUCGCCAAAAAAUCUCUCCAGUAUUUACAAAAACUGAAAACAAACAAAAAGGCCAUGAACUGCCCGAAAUGUCAGAUCAUAAUUGUGAAAAGUGAGGGCUGUGACUGGAUCCAGUGCUCCAUGUGCCGCUGUGAGAUCUGCUGGGCGACUAUGGGUCCUCGCUGGGGUCCCAAUGGGCGUGGCGAUGAGAGCGGUGGAUGCCAUUGCAAUCUAAACCGAGGAAAGCCAUGCACCCCUAAAUGUCGCAAUUGCCACUAACUGCAACAGCUCAUGUGCAAUAAUUCCAACAAGUCUAUGGUGCUAAAGCUGUAAAAUUCAACUCAAAAGUUAUUUUCAUAUACCGUUGAAUGUAAGAAUGUUAUUCACUAUUUGUGUAUCUAGUGUUAAGGUUGAAUUACUGUCAACUUCAAGAAGAACAAUUUCGUAUGAUUUAUGUCUCAGGUAACUUAUCUCUGUUAAAAACACUACUACCUACAUAUAGGUCACGUUACCAUCAAAAAGUAUCUGUUGUGAAAUCAUUAUGUCGGUAACAUCUGUUGUGAUCCACUAUAUAAAUGUGUAUAUUUUAAAUCAAUAACUGUAAACAUUUUUUUUCAAAGUGAUGUAUUUUGUUUUGGCAAAUGAUCUGUCACAAGUUAAUUGUCAUAAUUUGAAUAGUAUGUGGAACAAUUUAACGAUUUUCAUUUUUAUUUUCAAUAUGUAUGUAUGUCAGUGCUUGUAAGGCACUAGUAUUAUAAGAUAUUAAGUAUUAUAUUUGUCUAUCCAGGCGAUGUUGUACCUAUUCAAGCCCUGUGAAACGAAUAAUUUAUGUCCAGUAUGAUUUUAUGUUGGGACGGUUAUGUCCUAACCGUUAUGUCCUGAUUUUAUGUCCGGUUAUGUCAAAUAAUGAACUUGAGUUCAAAUAUUUUAUACAAAGUGAGUAUAUUGUAUGGGAACCCUUCAAUAAGUUGGAUACUGUUGUAGAUAUAAUACUGUAACUUUCAGGAUAAGUUAUUCUACAAAUACUCUACCUUUUGACGUACUACUGAAUUUUAAUCCCUCAUAAGGGGAUGACUUGGGGGCUGUAACUCAAAUAUUUCAAAUGUAAAAACCCAUUGUGUGGGACAUCACAAUGUCCACACAAUGUGAUGUUUAUUGUUUAAAGGCCAUCUCAAAACAAGAAAGAUGACAUCAAUAAAAACGUUCUAUGAUACUUGUAUCCAAAAUGGCAGCUGAUUGAAGUUUUAUUAUUUAAAGAAAUAUAAGUGGUUGUAACUAAAAUAUUUCAAAUGUAAACACCCAUUAUUUGGGAUCAUUUUAAAGACCUUUUUAAAACAAGAAAGAUGACAUCAAUCUCUGAUAUAUACUUGUAUCCAAAAUGGCGGCUGAAUGAAAAUUCAAGUAAAAACUAAAACUCAAUCAGUCGUCAUUUUGGAUAUAGAUAUCAUAGAACAUUUUUAUUGAUGCCAUCUUUCUUGUUUAGAAAAUACAUUUAAAAUGAUGUCCCACACAAUGGGUGUUUACAUUUGAAAUAUUUAACUUACAGUCCCCUUAUAAGGGGUUGAAAUUCAGUUGUACGUCAAAAUGUAGAGUAUUUGUAAAAUAACUUAUCCUGAAAGUUACCGUGUUAUAUCUACAACAGUCUUCAACUUAUUGAAGGGUUCCCAUACGAGGUGGCGUUGGGUGAAUUGGCGUGGUAGGGUGUUUACGAGGCAGCUUAUAUCGCCCUCUUGUCUGAUUGAAUACAUUACUUUCCAAUCAUCCUAAAAUACUAAUUUUCAAUUUUUUUAAGGUUUCUGGUUUAAAAAAACUACUACUGCCAAAGAUGCUAUAUUCCCUUACUUGAAAUCCUUCAAAAUAACACUGCUCAUUCAUAUGUUCAUGUGUGCCGAUAUUUUUUUCAUUUUUGUUAAAAUGUGAAGUCAAUUCCUAAAUAUUUCAAAAGUAGAAUUAAUUUGAUAAGUUUCAUUUAAUUAGCUUCAAGCUAUUAUAAAAUAAUCGCUAAGGCAUUUUGAAUCAACUUUCCGACUGAUAUUCAAAGUGCCUAUUAUUUUAUUAGUAAUGAUGUUCAUGUUACUCUUAGGUACCUGAAUUACCUCAAUAAUUAAUAAGUGAUAAUAAUCAUGUGAUUAAAUUUUGUACAUGUUUAGUGUAAAUUUUCUAUUAAUUUCAAAAUAUAUUGUGUUACUGCAGUUUUCUA